CUGCUCCACUAAAUGCAUCCAAAAGCACGGGACGAUUAUGUCUCCACUUGAUACCAAAAAUAAACAAACAAAAUCAAUCAAUUAAUCAAUCUGAUUGAACAGAUUGCUCCACGCCCACACAGCCCAAAACAUACCUAUACACACAAACCCAAACACACACACACACACACACACACACUCGCACUCACGCGCGCUCACACACGAGUCAACGCCCACACGUCCACACCCAUUGAUUGGAGUGGCGGUGGUGGGAGGAGGCAGAGAAGAGCAAGCAAGCAAGCAAGCAAAAAAAAAGGAGCCAACAAAGUGAGAGUGGGAGAGAGCAACAGCAACAAAAACAACAGUAACAACAAGAGCAAACAUGUUCAAUUCACUUGCUCUGAUGCUCGCCUGCUGCGCACUUGCCGCCCUCUGUCUCGCCCACAAGGAUGGAGGAUCGACUGCAGAUGGAACGGGAACAGCCACAGAACUGAGCUCAUCCUCAUCCUCAUCAUCAUCAUCAUCAUCAUCUCCAUCUCCCUCCCCAUCCGCAUCGGCAUCAAUGCCGUUUGCGACGGGACCUGGGAGCAGUACCAGCAGCACCAGCACCAGCAAGCAAUUGAGCAGAUGCCGUCAAAGCUGUUAUCAGCAGUUUUCCAGGGACUGGCAUUAUUGUACGGAUUCCACUGAUUGCAGAAAUUGCUGGGAAAACUGUCAAAAGCAAUUGUCGCCCUUCGAGCUGAGGAUACACAGGGCGCAGCGGCAGGGAGCACUCGUGCUCACGGACAUUGGCUGGGACGAGAUGAUAGCCAAUGCUUCGCGCCAGUGCCUGAUCACCUGGGAGGUGUCUGGGGGCGGCCUGAUAGGCAAUCUCCUCACGGACACAUCCCGUGCCGAGCUCUCCCUGUGGCCGGAUACGGUCUACAAUAUACAGGUCACGUGCAAGCAUAAGCUAACUGGCAUGAUGCGUCGCUCGAAGAAGCUCAAUGUGGACACGCGUCAGUUGGUGGGAACCACCAGCACCACAGAGGGCAACACCUCCACAACAACAACAGCAACAGCAGCAACAGCAACAGCAACAGCUGAGCGUGGACAGCCCAAGAUGCAUGCCCAUGUGCAUCCCACGGAUCGGGUGUAUAUCAUCAGUGCUUUGCCAACAACGAGCCAACUGAGUGGCGUUGUCUAUCCGGCCUUUGGGGCACUGGCAUUUUUCCUGUCGCUGUUGGUGAUGUUCCUGUUUUUGCGUCCGCAACGCAAGCGCUUCCUUCUUGAUGCAGAUGCCACGGAAGCGGACACGGCCACGCUGAUUGGAGGACAUCGGAGUGCGUCGAGAAAUUCGCUCGACUCCUCGACGCUGCAUGUUUAAGGCGUGCAUGGGAAUGGGAGACCAGGUGGAGUAGGAGUGCCGAAAAUUGAGAACUUGUAGUCGUAUAUAAUGGUAUAUGUCUGACUAUGUGAUAUUCUGCACACACACACACACACACACACACACACGCAUAUAUACAAACCCCCUCCUGCCUCCACUAAAAACUGUACAUACUGCCAGACUGCUAUAGGCAUUAUGGGCAUCCCUCCCAGCAUUGUGUCAUGCAUUUAAUUAUAUCAAAACCAGAUCCAGAGAUCGAAAGUCAAGCAACGUGUUCGCUCAAUUAAGUUUAAGUUUUACCAAUUUUACCACUUACCUUUCUUAGAUCCUAAUGCCAAAAUCAAGCGCAAGUCAUACGAGUAGUAUAUAGUAUAUGCUACUAUAUAUAUACACAUACAUAUAUAGUAUAUAGUAUAUAGUAUAUAUAGGUAGACCCAUAUAUCGUUCAUGCAUUCAAAACAAAUAAAAUAAAACAUAAAUAUGUAUGUAGCUAUACAUACAUACCUACAGAUA